AUGCAAAUCCAAUGGACUGCUAUGAUCAGUCAGAAGAUAGCCAACUCUCUUGUGGUGAACUCAGCCAAAGAUCAGCUCAUACUAUGGCACGAGUGGACGGGUAUGUCGUGGAGCGCGGAGAUAGCGGUCGUGACGAUCGCCAUCCGGGCGCUCAUCACAUUCCCUCUGACUGUGGGUCAGCACAAGAUAUUAGCCAAAUAUGACGCUCUGAGGCCAGAGCUGAUCCAAUUCGGACAGAGGCUCAAGAAGGAGGUGGACUCCGCUCAGUAUCUGUACAACUGGUCACCCAUUAAGGCUAAACUCAUGUAUAAUCUUAGGAUGAAACAGGAGACCAAACGACUGAUAAUUAGAGACAAUUGUCACCCAAUGAAGGGCUCGAUCGUAGUGUGGGUUCAGAUCCCCGUUUGGGUGAUCCUCUCGCACGCCAUCAGAAACAUGUCUUUCAUGUAUCCGAUCGCUGACCACAACUCGCAACUCAUUCACAGCCAACUGUCCACUGAAGGCAUACUCUGGUUCUCAAACCUCACGCUAUCGGACCCUUACCUCGUGCUACCGUUCCUCACGGCUGUCGUCAACUUAACUAUAGUUCAGGUGAUUGUCUCGCAACUGAUGGACAAACUCUUUGCCUCACUCUUUGUGUCACCAAAACGUCGACAGCUCAGGAAAAUGGAGACGAAGACCAAAAUGCAUGCAAUCCUCACAAAUGCAGCGCGAGGUCUGAGUGUGGCUCUCAUCCCAAUCGGACUCGUGAUGCCAGCAUUCACGGGUAUGAAUAUAUACCUGAACCGACACUUGGAUAAUAUGGUGAUCGACACGACCACUCCGGUGGACGGGUCGCCGAUUCGCGUGGAACUGACGUUCGUGAAGGUGCCGCCCUAUCACGAGCUGAUGCCCUUCUAUAACACGAUUAUCCGCAAAAUCAAUCGCGAGCUAAAGCUGGUGCAGAUCCAGCGCCACUACUUCGACCCGACCGCUAAGAUUGAUAUCCCGCAGCACAAGCUGGAGGUGUGGCCGGGAUGGGCGCAGGCGGUGUCUGAGCUCGACGACGGCCUCCUCCUGGUGUGCGACGCCUCCCAUCGACUGCUCCGCACGUCCACCGCUCGGGAUGUGUUACAGGACUUGUUCCGGUUGCCCGACGGGAAGCAACGGUUCAAAGAGAACGCCCAGAAGAGACUGGUGGGCAGUAUAGUCCUCACGCGGUAUAACAACAAACCGUAUCGCGUGGAUGACAUUGACUUCAAUUCCAACCCAUUGUCGACAUUUGACUGGAACGGAACGCCCGUCACAUACGUGGAGUACUUCAAGAAGUCCUGGCAGUUGGACAUCAAAGAUCACAAACAGCCGCUGCUCGUGAACCGACCCAAACCGCGCAGAGGAGAGACCGAGUCGCAAAUGAUUUGUUUGAUUCCAGAGCUGUGUUUCAUGACUGGACUCACAGACGACAUCCGCUCCGAUACCCGAAUCAUGAGGGAUAUCGCUUCGCACACGAGAAUUAAGCCGACUGUCCGUCAGGCGAAGCUCCAGGUCUUCAUAGACAACGUGCUCAACACUCCGGCCGCCCGACGACACCUAACAGACUGGGGACUGGAUUUGUCGCCAAAACCGUACGAAACGUACGGUAGAACGAUGACCGCCGACCGCAUAGUCCUCGGGGGCGGCAAAGAGGUGCCCGUCAGUGCCAAAGCCGACUGGUCUCGAGACGCAACCAACUGUGCGCUCUUCCAUCCGAUUAAUGUCAACAAAUGGAUGAUUAUCUUCACGCAGAAAGACUCGGCAAAAGUCGACGAAUUCAUAAAGUGCUUGAAAGCCGUCACCCGAAUGAUGGGCUUCACGUUCGCCGAUCCCGACAAACACGUGGCCAGAGAUGAGACGCCCACCGGUUAUGUGAAUGCCAUCAAAGGGUCGAACGCCUCCCAGUGCCAGAUAAUAGUCUGUAUGACUCCCGGCUCGUCGCAGCGCGAAGACCGCUAUAACGCCAUCAAAAGGCUGUGCUAUUGCGAGCUCGGGAUCGCCAGUCAAGUCGUCAGAUCCUACACAUUGACUGAGGCGAAGAUGCGCUCCGUUUGCCAGAAGAUUGCGAUACAGAUGUCAUGCAAAAUCGGUGGCCAGCCGUGGGCUCUGCCCAUACCGUUCAAGUCCUGCAUGAUUGUAGGCAUUGACGUCUACCACGACCCGACCCAAAGAGGCAAAUCGGUGGUGGGAAUGGUGGCGUCCGUCAACCAGGCCGUCAGCCAAUGGUACUCUCGGGUGUACUUCCAGAACACUCACGAAGAGAUCGUCAACACUCUGGAGUCGGGC